GAUCCAUGACACCAGAUCCACAAGACUGUCCAACCAUCAGGGAAGCCAAGCUAGCCAUCACAUCAGACUUGGAGAAAAGAUAUACAGAUCCAGAUCUAAUAGAUUACUUGCACAGAGCUACUGCUGUCGACCCCAGGUUCAAGUCAUUGCCGUUUCUUGAUGGAGCUGUCUGUGACCAAGUCUUCAAAAGCCUCAUUACAGAAAUUGUGGAGCAUGAACAGCAGAAUGAAGGUAUGCAAGCAGGGCCAUCUACAGAGAAAGAGCCACCAUCAUCAGUGUCCCCUCCUCAGAAGAAGACUGCAAUGUCAGAGUUAUUUGGGGACCUUUACACAGAUGAGCAGCACACCAAACCACUUUCACUUACCAUUGAGAUGGAGAUAUCCUUAUACAGAGCAGCAGAUUCCCUUCAUGUGGACGCUGAUCCUUUUCAAUGGUGGAAAUUAAAUCAGUUCAAGUUUCCCCAUCUCUCAAAGCAUGCACAAAAGUAUCUCUGUGUCCCUGGUACAUCUGUGUCUAGUGAGAGAGUUUUCUCUACUGCAGGUGAUAUUGUGAAUGCAAGCCGUUCCCGUCUUUGCCCAGAGAAUGUUGACAUGCUGAACUUUUUACAGAAGAACAUGAAAAUAAAGGAAUAG